ACUUUUCGAACUCUCGCAGCUUCCAACAACACCGCCCGUGAAAAGAAGGGCCUGCUUCUAUAAAUCCGGACAAAUACCGCCACCAUGAAGACACAGUGGAAAGAUAUCCCCGCCGUGCCAACGAGCCAGGAGUUUCUGGACAUCGUUUUAUCACGCACUCAGAGAAGGCUCCCAACACAGAUCAGGGCGGGCUUCCAAAUCAGCAGAAUCCGAGCCUUCUAUACGCGAAAAGUCAAGUACACUUCCGAGACUUUCACCGAGCGUCUUACUACCACUCUCGAGGCUUUUCCGCGACUCGUGGAUAUCCACCCGUUCCAUCGUGAUCUGCUAAACACGCUGUAUGAUGCGGACCACUUCCGAAUUGCGCUCGGGCAGCUUUCGACCGCCAAGUCGCUCAUCGAGACAGUCGCACGCGACUACGUCCGACUACUGAAGUAUGGACAAUCGCUCUUCCAGUGCAAGCAGCUGAAGAGGGCCGCAUUGGGCCGCAUGGCGACGAUUUGCAAGAGGCUGAAAGAUCCUCUGGUCUACCUCGAGCAGGUCAGGCAACAUCUGGGCCGUCUGCCGUCGAUCGACCCAAACACACGCACCCUUGUCAUUGCUGGCUUUCCCAAUGUUGGCAAAUCAUCCUUCUUGAAGUCAAUUUCGAGGGCGGAUGUCGAGGUGCAGCCCUACGCAUUCACAACCAAGAGUCUUUAUGUGGGCCAUUUCGACUACAAGAUGCUCAGAUUUCAAGCAGUAGAUACUCCCGGUAUCUUGGACCAUGCUCUCGAAGACAUGAACACCAUUGAGCAUCAGUCUAUUUGCGCCAUUGCCCACUUGCGCGCCCACAUUCUCUACUUCAUGGAUCUCAGCGAGCAGUGCGGUUACUCUGUCGCUUCUCAGAUUGCCCUGUUCAACAAUAUCAAGCCUCUGUUCGCGAACAAGUUGAUAUCAAUCGUCAUCAACAAGAUCGACCUCAUGCGGCCGGACCAGCUAGACGACGAGACAAAGGAGCAGCUUCAGGGAAUGCUGAAGUCCGGGGAGGUGGAGAUGCUCGAGCUUUCCUGCAACACCACUGAGGGCGUCAUGGCUGUGCGCAACUCGGUCUGCGACCGAUUGAUCGCUGCGCGUAACGCUGAAAAGCUCAAAGCCGGUACUAACAGCUCUGGUGAACCCUCUGGUCGUCUUGGAGAGCUACUUCGCCGUAUUCACGUUGCUCAGCCUUUGGGCGGCGUCACUCGUGAGACGUCCAUCCCAGAAGCGGUACUGAACAAGAAGAAGUACGACAAGGAAGACCCAGAGAGGCCCCUCCUUGAACGUGAUCUGGAAGAGGAGAACGGUGGCGCUGGUGUGUACAACAUCGACCUUCGCAAGAACUACCUACUCGAGAACGAUGAAUGGAAACACGACCGCAUUCCUGAGGUUUUCAAGGGUCAGAACGUCUACGACUUUAUUGACCCGGAUAUUGAGACCAAGCUUGAGGCUCUUGAGGCGGAAGAAGAAAAGCUGGAGGCGGACGGCUUCUACGAGUCGGAAGAUGAGCUUGAGGACGCAGAGGAGGCAGAUAUCAGGUACAAGGCAGAUCUUAUCCGUGAAAAGAGGCAGCUCAUCCGCAACGAAGCCAAGAUGCGCAAGAGUCUGAAGAAUAGAGCUGUCAUCCCCAGGACCAAGAAGGCGAAGGAUAUGUCACAGAUGGCAACACAUCUGGACAGCCUCGGAUACGAUGGAUCGAAGGUCGCAGAACGGGUUCAAAGUCAGACUCGAGGACGUAGCCUUGUUCGCGCAAAAUCCGAAGGUCCAAAUGGCGACGCUAUGGAUAUCGAUACACCUAAGACCCCACUCGAGCGAGCGAGGAGCCGGGGCAGAAGCCAGAGCACUAACCGGAGAACGGAUGGUGUUCCGAGCGAAGCUGCUGCCACGAAGGCCGAGAAGAUUGCGAAGUUGUCGCAGAAGAAGAUGAACAGGAAUGCCAGGCAGGGUGAGGCAGAUAGGCACCAGACUGGCUCGUUGAUCAAGCAUUUGACUGCUGGUAAGCGUGGUAUCGGAAAGACGAGCCAUCGUUGA